AUGCCUCCUCAGCGCCAAUCCAGCUUUAAGGAAAACACGAAACAACAAAGCCCAGGUACCGCUUUAACAGAAAUGAUCCUUAAGCCAAAAAGGAGAAGUGGACGAGCGACAAAGAUCACGGGAACGGCUGGAAGAAGCCUCAGGGGUCAGAAAGAUUCAUCAGCACCAAAUAUCCCACCAACUCAACGUCUCGAUGUCUACGUGUUUGGAACCAACUGCUACGGAGAACUUGGAAUUGCUGCGACCUGUUCUCAACCAGAAAUUAAACGCGGAAAAUGUUGGAGUUGUCCAUAUCGCUGUUGGAGGGGUACAUUCGGCGGCUCAACUCAUGACAACCAAAUCUUGACGUGGGGCGUCAACGAUGAAGGGGCUUUAGGAAGAGAUACUGGACAAGAUAAAGACGAAGACGCUGGCGACGGCAGAGGCAAAUCCCUGUCGGGCGAUGAGAGCGAUGAAGAUGAAGUUACUUACAAUCUAAAAGAAGCUACUCCAUUACCUGUGGAUCCUUCACAUUUCCCACGAGACACUGUCUUCUCUCAACUUGCUGCCUCAGACAGUGCAACCUUUGCUCUGUUGACGGAUGGCCGGGUCUAUGGCUGGGGAACUUUCCGAACUUCCAAAGGAGGGAUUGGGUUCUCCCCCGAGAGCAAAAAAGAGCAACGGACUCCACUUCUGAUCCCUGGUGUCCACGAUGUCGUCAAGAUUGUUACUGGCGCACAACACGUUCUGGCACUGACGUCGAAGGGCACCGUUUUUAGCUGGGGUUGUGAUGAACAGAAUCAGCUGGGAAGACGUCGAACAAGUCGCCAUCAUAAAUCUCAUCCUCUUGUCCCAGAGUUAUGCGCCCUCCCAACCGAGAUCCAAGAUAUUGGGGUAGGGCUAUAUCACUCUUUUGCUAUCUGUAAGAAGGGCCAUAUUUACGCAUGGGGCUCAAACAACUUUGGCCAAACGGGCGUCACAAUGAGCGCUGGUCAAAACGAUGCAAUUGUGUCAUAUCCAGCUAAAGUCCCCUGUUUUCAAAAACAUACCUCGCUCGUUUCGAUCUUUGGUGAAAAGGAUCAUAGCAAGGCUAUCACUGAGCUUGGCGAAUGCCUAGUUUGGGGUCGCAUUGAUAACAUGGCACUUGGUCUUGCACUCAAAGACAUGCCCCAAUCAGAUAUUAUCUAUGAUACAUAUGGUAGACCACGAAUACUCAAGCAGCCUAACCUGCUAACUGGAGUGGGGGACAAAAUAGUCUCCGGAACUGUGGGGACCGAUCACUCCUUUGUGAUAACAGAAUCUGGGAAGGCUUAUAGUAGGGGGUUUAAUUCCCAAAGUCAGGCUGGCCAGCCUGGCCUUGAUGAGGUUGAAAAGCCAACUCUUCUUCACAGCAAGUACCUUGAAGGGAAAAACCGGUUUCAGCAGGCGCCGGUGGUCAGUUCAGCCUCGUGUUUGGCGAGCAUUCGUCAAAGUGAAAUGCUUCAUGCAGAUGAAAAAUUUGAGUUAUCUGCUCUCGGACCUUGA